AUGACUGAUGCGCAAAACAAGAGCAACAAUGUAAGCAACGGAAACUCCGGAAUCGGAGACGAUGGCCUCAUCGAGGGCAAUUGGGAAGCCAUCACGGAGACUUUUGACCAAAUGAACCUGAAAGAGAACCUACUUCGCGGUAUCUAUGCUUUCGGUUUUGAGAAACCCUCAGCCAUCCAACAACGAGCCAUCGUUCCGUGUUGCACCGGUCGAGAUGUGAUUGCGCAGGCUCAAUCGGGAACGGGAAAAACCGCCACUUUCUCCAUUUCGAUUCUUCAAAGAAUCGAUGAAAAGGACCCAGUGGUACAAGCGCUUGUGAUGGCCCCAACUCGUGAGUUGGCCCAACAGAUUCAGAAAGUGAUGGGCGCUCUCGGGGAUUAUCUCAACAUCUCUGUUCAUCCAUGCAUCGGUGGAACAUCGAUUCGAGAUGAUCAGAGGAAAUUGGAGGGAGGAGUGCAUGUUGUUGUCGGCACUCCAGGACGUGUCAAUGACAUGAUCGGUCGUGGAAUCCUUCACACGGACAAGAUCAAGAUGUUCGUUUUGGAUGAAGCCGACGAGAUGUUGUCUCGUGGAUUCAAGGAUCAAAUCUACGAGGUUUUCAAAUACAUGCCACAGGAUGUUCAGGUUGUCCUCCUCUCGGCUACAAUGCCAGUCGAAGUGUUGGAUGUGACUCAACGCUUUAUGCGAGAUCCAAUCCGAAUUCUCGUCAAGAAAGAGGAAUUGACUCUUGAGGGUAUUCGACAAUUCUACGUUAAUGUUGGCAAAGAUGAAUUUAAAUUCGAGACACUUUGCGACUUGUAUGACGCUAUCAAUGUCACACAAGCCGUUAUUUUCUGCAAUACUCGUCGCCGUGUCGACCAAUUGACCGAGUUGAUGACGGCGAAGAAAUUCACUGUCUCGUCGAUGCAUGGUGAUAUGGAACAACAAGAAAGAGAGGGUAUCAUGCGUGAGUUCCGCUCCGGUUCAUCCCGUGUACUCAUCACCACCGAUUUGCUUGCUCGUGGAAUCGACGUUCAACAGGUCUCACUUGUCAUCAAUUAUGACCUUCCAUCAAACCGAGAAAACUACAUUCACCGUAUCGGUCGCUCUGGACGUUUCGGCCGUAAAGGAGUUGCUAUCAACUUUGUCACUGACAACGAUGCUCGUCAAUUGAAAGACAUUGAGACUUUCUAUACAACGAUCAUCGAUGAAAUGCCAAUGGACAUUGCUGAUCUUCUC